AUGCACGACUACCAGCUGCUUGUUGACCGCAAGCGCCAGGCGACCUCCGCCGACGACAUCGGGGCCUUGCUUGACGAGAUCGCCCAGAUCCCCGCCGCCGAGGUCGCCUCGGGCGCCGUGCCCCGAGAACUCUUUGCCUGGCUGUUACGCGACGACGACACGCUAUUGCUGUUGCUUAUCGCUCAAUUCUUCCGCAAGUGUCACUUGCCCACUGAAGAAAAAGUCCAGAUUGCCUCUCAGCUCCGUACUGACGACGAAUUGGUGGCAAACGAGCUCGUGGGGUUGUGGUGCGAUUUGCUGUACGAAACCGAUACCCUGGCGCACGUAGACUUUGCCAACCCCAAUGUCGCGCGUCAGUUUAACCCGGACUUGGCGUGGAGCGUCAAGCCCGACGUGUUGGACGGGUUUCUGCUUUAUGAACACUGGCCGGUGUUUCUCCACUUUGUGCGGCUGAACACCCACCCGGGCGGUAAAUUUGACCAGGAAACGUUGGCUAAACUCCCGUUUGACAAGUACUUGGAGGCAGCCGAGGCGAUGGCCCAGUUUCCCCCCGCAAAACUGCGGUUCUUAUCGACCAACGCCGUGCUGCGGUUGCUUAACGCCGACGAAUUGAUCAACAGCGAGCUUUUCGGGGCUAAACACGCCGUGUUGGAUGAGCUCUUAGCCUAUCCUCGUCCCCCUGAGAUUAAGCAAUGGGAACAGGCGUUGGAAGAAGAAGCGGAAAAGAUGAAAGGCGGCUACAAACGCCCCGACAUCGACGUCGCCACCGAAACGUUGUAA